AUGGGUGAACUCGAUUUAACCGUACAAUCAGGUGAAAAUAUUUUUGGAUUAUUGAUUGCAUCAGAUGAAUUUCUUCUCGAAGAGUUAUUCGAGCACGUUCAAGAUUUCCUUCUCGAAAAACAUACUAGUUGGAUUCAACAAAAUCUCGUUCUUGUUGUUCAUACUACUCCCGGUUUAGGAAGUAAGAAUUGUGAUAGAUCAAAGUGGAGCAAGGAGAAUUUCAAAACUUUGAAGGAAACGUUAAGUCCGUUCAUUCCGCUUAUUCGGUUUGUGAAUAUUUCUCGUGUUGAUUUUUUUGACAGAGUUCGUCCUUAUAAGUCCAUAAUUUCUAAAUAUAUUUAUGACGAAGUUGAGGAAUUUUAUUACAAGGAUACCUUACCAAGGACAACGGCUUUAACGCCUCGCGUUGGAAAACUAGCGUCGAACAUCAUCAAACCAAUACUUGCAACCAUUAUAUCCAAUUGGAUAGAUAGAAACGAUUCAAUAUUCCCUUUGUUUAACAAUCGGUACAAGUUUAAUCUGAUUUACUUAAAAAGUCGGGAUGGACUUGAUCGUACGAAUUAUACGAGUUGGAAUUUCUUUAAUUUUGGUAAUCAAUUAUAUAAUGUUGGACCAGAUCUUUUCCUUUAUGACUUUGAUACCUAUGAAAAUUAUUAUGAUAUUGAUACUAAAGUUGAUGUUGGUUUACCUAUUGAAGACAUUGAAGUCUUUAGUUUCGAAGGUUUAUUUCCUGGACUAACUUUAACAACUUCGUUCAUAUUAUACACGCUUACCGACGUUUCAAUAAACAAUAAAGAAACAAGUUCAUCACGUUCUCCUACUACAAAAACUCUCAAAAGAACUACUUCACAAUCUUCUUUAGAUGGAACAUCGAGUUCCAGUGCUGUUGCUCAUACAGUCAGUCCCACACCUUCAGUUUUAUCAAAUAUAAGCCAAAUACAACUACCAACAAGCGUAUUAAACUUUGUCAAAAAAAAACCAACUGGAUUGCUCCUUUUGGUUCCUGUGUUAAAUGUUAGUGCAUGCAUUAGUCAUGAUGCGAAAGAUUGUUGA